GCCUGGCGCCGACAACCGGCCCUUUCUCUCCUCCCCGGCGCCGGAGGGACCGCGCCUCACCGCUUCGGCCUCAGCCUCCACUCCGCGUCUGCCGCCAUGUCCAAGGAGGAGAAGAAGCCGUUCCGCCAGAGCAUGGCCGAGUGGCGGCAGUUCAUCUACAACCCGCGCAGCGGCGAGCUCCUGGGGCGCACUGCCAAGAGCUGGGGUUUAAUCUUGUUGUUUUACUUGGUAUUUUAUGGCUUCCUGGCAGCACUCUUUACAUUCACAAUGUGGGUUAUGCUUCAGACGCUGAGCAGUGAUAUUCCCAAAUAUCGUGAUCGGAUUUCCAGUCCAGGACUUAUGAUUUCACCAAAGCCAGUCACUGCAUUGGAAUUUGCUUUUAACAAGUCUGACUCUCGGUCGUAUGAGACGUACACUGCUUCACUUAGAAAUUUUCUUGCAUCAUAUAAUGACUCAAAACAAUCCAGAAACAUAGUAUGUGCUUCAGGACAACCAUUUGAGCAGAAGGAGGAUCUUGGUAAAAAGGCAUGUCGAUUUAAUCGUACUCAGCUUGGACCAUGCUCUGGACUUGAAGAUGACAAUUUUGGCUAUGCUAAAGGAACUCCAUGUGUACUUGUGAAAAUGAAUAGAAUAAUCGGAUUGAAGCCCGAAGGAGAACCAUAUAUACAGUGCUUUUCUAAGGAAGAAGGCAAGGUUCAGAUAACUUAUUUUCCUGCUGGGGGUACAAUUGACUUAAUGUAUUUCCCAUACUAUGGAAAAAAGCUGCAUGCUCAUUAUCUACAGCCACUAGUGGCUGUUCAGCUAGCAAUUAACUCCAACAGUACCAAAGAAGAAAUAACAAUUGAGUGUAAGAUCCUGGGCUCACCCAAUUUAAAAAAUGAAGAUGACCGUGACAAGUUUCUGGGACGAAUUUCCUUCAAAGUUCAGAUGUCUGAAUAGCAGUCAGAAAAUCACCAUAAAGUAAAUAUUAUGUUGUCUGUCUGGGUUUUUUAGUUUGUUUGGUUUUUUUGUUUUUUGUUGGUUGGUUGGGUGUUUUUUUGGUUUUGUUUUUUCUAUCAGCAGGACCUGCCAUUUUAGGAUUUAAGAUCACCUUGAAGAAUUUUGGGGUGGCAUGUGGCAUUCAGGGUAGCAUAAUAAUGUGCUUCCAAACUGCAUUUAAAAUCCCACGUAAAAUAACUGUAGUCCAGGCUUCUGUUUGCCUCAUUGAACCAGUGUACAGACCAUACUUAUGCCAUAUUAGGAACCUGUAAAUAGCUAAUUCCAAACAUGUAAUAAUGGUGGUCUUUCUCCUAUUUUAAAAUAUGGUUUUAUCCCCAAGUGAGUGUCUCAAGCUUAUGUGCUAUGCUAUGUAAAUAUUGUACUGAUUUAACACUGGUUUAACUGUCAUAUAUGAAUGCUGACACACGUUUAGGGAUAAGUAAUAAGAAUAAAUGGUAUCUGACCAAGAUAAAGAAAAGAAAACCACAAAACUUUGCAAGAAUUGUGUGUAUGUAUGUGGAAAUGCCUUAAGUUCUGUAUUGGGUGGGUGGGGGGAAUGGAAAUAAAGUGGAUUUUAAAAGUGUUGGUUUGGAUUUUUGAAAUUAUUUAAGUGCUCAACUAGUCUGUCUUGUGCUGUCACUGUGCAGGUAUUGUGUAUACAUGUAAUAUUUGGUCUUCUAGUUGAGGAAUUGAAUCUCACCAUAUUGUUAGUUGCUUGCAGUAUGUGGAGCACAUAUAAAACCUAGACAAUGUCAUUUUAAAACUUUUAGUUCAAAACUAUCUGUAUGAAACAAUUUCCUUUAAAAUUGUUAAUGGCGUAGUGUCCUGGUAACAGUUGUACUUCAGAGCUGCUUGAAAGAAAUGGUCUCAUUGUAAGAGUAGGUUUUACUUUUCCAAUAAAAAAUUUUAAAUUCCCCAAGGGGAAGAACUUUAGAUUAAAAAUAAAAUGAGAAUUGUCUUGAUUAAACAUUCCUUUAUUUAAUUUA